AUGGAUCACACGAAUUUUGUUGACCUUCUGACCAGUCAACAAGAUAGUGUCAUUCCUCAAUCGUUUUCUUGGGAGAGCUCAUCACAAGUCCCUGUCUUCAGCACUCAAUGUACAGAAACUUCAAGUUUCUGUGAAGAGUCAUCUACACAGCGCAAAGAAAGAAAGAAAUGGACUCCUUCUGAUGAUCUUGUGCUCAUAAGCGCCUGGUUAAACACCACCUACUAUGCAGCUAGUCUGAAGGUGGAAAGUGGAGAUAAGCGAGGAGCUCUUCAAUGCAAGCAAAGGUGGCAGAAGAUCAACGAUCUUCUCUGCAAGUUCUGUGGUUCCUAUGCGGCUGCGACAAGACAGAAAACAAGUGGUCAGAGUGAGAGUGAUGUUGUGAAACUCGCACAUGAAAUUUUCUUCAAUGAUCAGAAGAUUAAAUUCAACCUUCACCAUGCUUGGGAGGAGCUCCGCUAUGACCAGAAAUGGUGUGAGCAUGCUAGUAGUAAGCUUGGUGGAAGCGCUAAGAAGAGAAAAUGCGAGGAUGGAGCAGAAACAGAAAGCUCUCAAGCUACUAUCAAUGUCGAUGAUCUACCUACCAAACGGCCUGCUGGUGUUAAGGCUGCGAAAGCAGCUUCUGCAAAGAAACCAAUAGUAGAUAAGGAGGCUGAUGAGAAGUUUGGCAAGUUGUGCUCAAUUAAAGAGAAAGACCUUGUCUUGACAGAGAGAGUUUCCAAAAUGAGACUGCUUGACAGUCUCAUUACAAAUAAAGAACCACUUUCUGAAAAAGAAGAAGCACUGAAGAGUAAGCUUCUUACAGAGAUGCUGGAUGUUCCAUAA